UUAGAAAAUGGGAUGAAAAGACUGAAAAAGGGAUGUAAAGGGGGAAAAAAACAAAACAAAACAAAACAAAAGAGUGAGUUUGAAAAGCUCAUAGCCGGCCGGGCUACUUCUUAUCUUGUCAACGAUGGAGCAUAAAUCGUGGAUGGCGAGCGGCGGUAAGCCCAUCCGGUGCAGAGCGGCGGUGUGCCGGAAGGCUGGGGAGGCGUUGGUAAUGGAGGACAUAAUGGUGGCUCCGCCGAUGACCCAUGAGGUUCGGAUACGGAUCAUUUGCACCUCCCUCUGUCAUACCGAUAUCAAAUAUUGGAACAUGAAGGAUCCUCCAGGGAUUGUUCCACGAAUUUUGGGCCACGAAGCUGUUGGAGAGGUUGAGAGUGUAGGAGGUGAAGUAAGUGAAGUAAAACAAGGCGAUUUUGUGAUCCCAACAUUCAUGGCCGAGUGUGGGGAGUGUAGAGAUUGCACAUCAAGUAAAAGCAAUCUUUGCUCUAAACAGCCUUUCAAACUCUCUCAAGGGAUGCCUCGAUGUGGGACAAGUAGGUUCACUGAUCUUAAUGGAGAGGUUUUGCAUCAUUUUAUGUUUGUGUCAAGUUUCAGUGAAUACACUGUGGUGGAUGUUGCUCAUCUCAUUAAGCUUGAUCCUAUUCUCAUCUCUCCUGACAAGGCGUGCCUCCUUGGUUGUGGCGUAUCAACAGGAGUGGGUGCUGCUUGGAGAACAGCAAAUGUGGAAAAGGGAUCUACUGUUGCCAUUUUUGGGCUGGGGACUGUAGGCUUGGCAGUUGCUCAAGGAGCAAGAAAAUGUGGAGCAGCUAGAAUUAUUGGGAUAGAUGUCAACCCAAAUAAAUUAACAUUGGCAAGAGAGUUUGGAGUCACAGAGGUAGUUAAUUCUAGAAGCAUUGGAGAUAAAUCUGUGAGCCAGGUAAUCAAUGAGAUGACCGAUGGGGGUGCAGAUUAUUGCUUUGAAUGUGUUGGACAAAGUUCCUUAAUCAAGGAAGCAUUUGCAUGCUGCAGAAAGGGUUGGGGGAAAACAAUUAUAUUUGGUGUGGAGGAGCAAGCUUCACUUUUAGGUCUCAAAUCUAUAGAUGUCAUUUAUCAAGGGAAAAUGGUGAUAGGAUGCAUAUAUGGUGGACUUAAGCCUAAAUCAGACAUUCCUACGCUCCUUCAAUGGUACAUAGAUAAGAAACUACAAUUGGAUUUAUUUAUCACACAUGAAAUUGGGUUUGAAGACAUCAACAAAGCUUUCAAUUUGUUAAGUGAAGGUCAAUGUCUUAGGUGUGUGAUUUGGAUGACCAAAUGAAGCAGCCUCCUGCCUUCUCACUCUUCAAGCAACUUCCACUAUUACAAACUCCUUUUGUAUUAAAGUUUAAAUGUUUCUUUUCUAGAACAUUGGAAAUGGAUGAGAAGCCUCAAUGAAAUAUAUGUUGGUUCACUUUCUUGUAUUUUGGCUGGGAAAUCAAAAGCAUUAUGUACAGGUUGCACAAAUAAAGUUGGGGCAGUUGUCGAGGGGCGGAUCUAUGAAGGGCUAGGAGCAAGUGCUCCUCAAAUUGUGACAGAUUUACAUAUUUGUAUAUUGAUUUUCAUUAAAUAUUAAAAAAUUGUAGAUAUAGUUAAUAUAUAUUGUCCAUUUAGUAAA